UGGGCGCCUCCGCAACGGUGUCCAGGGCGAAACGGGAGAUGCCGAGCCUCGUGGUACCCAGGAGGACGAGCGCGAUACGCCCGCAUGUUCUUCUCCAUCUCGCCUUAUACCCGUUUCUCCUAGUCCCCAUUCCCUUCAGUCGCAAACCGCGCAGGAAGGUGCGAGACUUCAAUAUUUGGGAGCGUGUAAAGCGGUACUGAGAUUGGGGUUCACAGCGGCCGAAGGCCUCGGCAGUCACGACUCCUUGCAUUCUAUGGAUACCCGGCACUCGAUUAGACUGCAGCAUUCCAGCACUGAUGAUAGCAGGCUGCCGAGGAAUGGAUCCGCGAAAGACGCUAUAAAGCGGUCUGCCAGUGCUUCUGCUCGCGGAGACGGAAUGCCCACCGGGCGCAGCAAACGUGCCUCUCAUAGAAGUAACCCGUCACCUGUCGCUUCCUCUUCACGACCCCAACAGCCCAGCGAUUCUCCUCCUUCACCUUCCGCGGCCCUUGCGACUCCUCCGCCUCUGUCAAAAACCAAGUCUGUCCUGCGCACCCCGCGCUCCGGUAGCGAGCCUGCUCUGAACUCCGUUCCAGAGACGCCCACCAACUCGAAGGGCAAGCGCAAGGCAGAGGAGCUUGACACUACGCCGCCAGAUCAAAAGACAUCGCACCAUGCGACGUUCGCGAUACCUCCAGAUGCUCGCCGCUCUCAUCGCAGCUCUGAGGUAUCCAACCCGCCUUCUUCGUACCACCGGAAGCGCGCACGCCUGGCGGCGUCGACUCCGCAAGGUUCGCCAGCACACUCGCGACCUGCCUCCUCGCAGCAGCAGCAGCCUUCGCCCGAGCAUAACGCGUCGUGGUCGCGGCGUUCCGCCCAGGCGCAUCUAUUCCGUUCAGGUUCGCGCGCGUCGCGCACACAGUCUGCUAUGUCGGGUCGGCCAGCGGAGUCGGGCGGCGGCAGGCGCAGCAUCGACGCCUCGGAGCGGUCCAUUCCCAUCAGUGCGCUCAUCACGCCGCACGCACCGUCCGUCGCACGGUCGAGCCAGUACCACAUGCGUGACCCGCGAAGGCUGCCGAAGAUACAACCCACGGAGUGGGCGCCGCACCUGCGCUCGGAAGACCAAGACGCGUCGCCGCUGCACGCAUGGUGCUUCUUCGUGGGCUUUGUUUUGUUCCCACUUUGGUGGCUCGCGUCGUUCUGGCCUAUCCCGAAGACGCGCCGCGUCGGAGGCACUGACGAGGAGAAGGCAGUUACGCUGGAUGAUCCGCAGGUUGAACAUGAUGCCAGGACGUGGCGCAAUCGGUGCCGCGUCAUGUCUGGGAUCUCUUUCCUCACCUAUAUACCUUUCAUCAUCCUCGUAGCCAUCUUCGUUCCUCGUCACGUCUGACGCCGCUGCCACGUCGCCCCUCUCAUCUGCCUGUCACGACCAACAUAGAAUGCCGCCUGCGCUGUACCAUCUCUUGCCACUCUUUCUGUUGUCACACUCGUUGUCUUGGUUGCUCUGGGCUGGUGUAUCCUGCACUUAGACUCGGACCGCCGCGAACUACCUAGCUGAAUGCAAGUAAUACGUUGUUGUAUACCGUACACCCGCACUUCCUCGUUGUUACACGAUAAUUGUUCAUCUUCUAUGUAAACAUGCGAUACAUACACCGUGUUU